AUGCUUGAUUCCCCAGGAGUUGAUGAGUUGUGGGAUCUUGCAGCAAAACCAAAGACCCUUUCCACUCAAACAUUAAAAAAAUGCAAGAAGUGGUUGGUGGAUGGUGAUGAUGAUGAUGAUGAUGAUGAUGUUUGUGAUAAAGGAAGAGGUGAUGGCUUUGAGAGGGUAAUGAUGAUGAAGGGUGAGAGAGAGUGGGAAGGAGGAGGAGGGCAUGAUGAUAAUUGGUGUUGUGUGAUGUCGUUGAUAGGUUGGAGAAAAAUCCAAGGUAGUUUGUGCCAUUCCUCUCUGAUGAGUAAGAGAAAGAGACUAAUUGGUAUGUCUCGUGGGGAUAAAGAGUCAUCGCGAAUAUCGUGGUGCUAA